AUGUCGUCAAAGCCACACUCUCUGGAGGCUGCUGAUGCCAAAACCAUGAACAGCGCAAAGCAGAUCGAGGUCGUGGAGGAGCUCACAUGGACGCCAGAAGAAGAGAAGGCACUUGUCAGGAAGAUCGAUCUCUUCUUGCUGCCGACGAUCUGGCUCAUGUACCUGCUGUCCUACAUGGACCGUACAAAUAUCGGCAAUGCAAAGAUUGCGGGAAUGGGCACCGACCUCAAACUCACGUCGAACCAAUAUAGCAUCGCUCUAGUGGUCUUCUUCGUCACAUAUGUCGUCUUCGAGCCCCCAUCGAACAUGCUUCUUGUUCGCAUGAAGCCAUCCGUUUACCUACCAGUUAUCAUGACAAUAUGGGGAGCGCUCACAUGUGUCAUGGCCGCUAUUCACGACUUCAAGCAACUCGUCGCGCUCCGCAUUCUAGUCGGUGUUUUCGAAUCCGGUUUCGCACCAGGCAUACUAUUGAUCAUCUCAUCGUGGUACAAGCGAGACGAGCAGUCGAAGCGCUUCGGUGUAUACAUGUCCGCUGCCAUUCUUUCCGGUGCAUUUGGCGGUCUUCUCGCUGGCGCGAUCACAGGUGGCAUGGACGGAACUGCAGGACUUCGUGGCUGGAGAUGGCUCUUCAUCAUUGAGGGCAUUGCAACUAUGGUCUGGGCUAUUGCCUCUUCCUUCAUCUUGCUCGACUUCCCGGCCAACAGCACCCGCUUGACGGAGCGGGAAAGGGCUAUUGCUAUCGCGCGCCUGCGAGACGGCGGUGUGCAGACCCACGUCACUGGUGAGGAGAGAAUUGGAAAAGCAGCAUCUUUUCGCCUUGCCAUCUUGGACUGGCGCACCAUCGGCUUCAUCCUGGGUUACAUGGUUAUCGUCGGCUCCUCAACCCUCUCGUACUUCUAUCCCACGCUCGUAAACGGUCUGGGCUACACAUCCACCGUCCAGGCACAAUACAUGACCGUCCCCAUCUACGCUGUCGCCUUUGUCUGCACAGCCGCAACCACCUACUUCGCCGAUUCCAUCUCACACCACCGCGGUAUCGUAAUUUCCUGCUGGCUCUGCUUCUCGCUCAUCACAUCGAUCUUGGUGUGCACCAUUUAUAACUUCACUGCGCGGUAUGCGCUGCUCGUUCUCAUGGCUGCCGGUCUGUGGGCCUCGAACGCAGUAGCACUUUCUUUUGCUAGUGCGACAUUCGGAUCGAUGCAGCCUGAGGUGCGUGCCAUUGCGCUCGCUUUGGUCAAUGCUCUGGGCAAUUUGGCGCAGAUUUACGGCGCGUAUCUUUUCCCUGCGGACGAUAAACCAAAGUACCUCAUGGGCUUCGGUGUUAUUUCGGGUAUGCUGGGCUUCGGCUGCUGUGUAUAUAUCUUCAUGCAUGUUGCACUCAGGAGGAAGGAGGGCCUUGGCUUCUGGUGA